AGCAUUUGGUUUAUCAUGAGUGAACACUAGCUGUCUAUUCAAUCUUUUAUGCCCCCAAUUAAAUUUAAAAUUUAUCCAUAUAGUGUUACUCUUUUAACAAUCAUGAAGACUUACCAUUAUAUUUUAAAUUAGAGCAUCUGGAAUAAAGGAUGCUUUUGGCUUUCAUAUUAUCCAUGAAUUUUUAGAUCCAAGUCCCUUGGAGAACACUUACAUUUUAAAUAGUUCUUUAGUAAUUAUGUUCUCUAGCUCAAUAAUCAGACCUGGAAACAAACCAAAACAAAACAAUGACAUUUGGAAGUUGUUUCUGCUUCAUCAUUUCGUUGCUGUUCAAAGAACAUUGGCUUUGGAUUUUUUUUUUUUUUUUUGACUGCUGGUGUUUUUACAAGUUGGUUUGUUUGGUUCAGUAGUCAGUCCUCCAUCUCCUCAUUGUCCUGUCUCUGCCUCCUGAGUGCUGGGAUUACAAGUGCUUGUCAUCAUGCUGACUUCAAAACCACUGCUCUGAUUUAUUCUUUUCUGUUUUUAUUUUCAUUGCUUUAGUUCUGUGCCUCAAACUACUCUUCUUGGCUUCUGGGGGAGCCCCAUUCAUUUCAUUUUCUUGGCUCCCUUGUUCUUACUCGUUUCCCCAUUCACAGGUAAGUGCACUGCAGACUCUUUCACUGGUCUUUCUCUCAGUUCCUCCUGUCCUUCAUUCAGUAAUGAUCUCAGCACUUUCAGGAUCUCAGGAUUCACUUAGGACCGUAGGUAUCAUAAAAGAAGGGCCUGCUGAAGAAUGGAAAUUGGCACUUAAACAUUAUAGUAAACACACAACAUGAAAUUUGCCUACUUAGCCAUUUUGAAAUGUUCAUUUGGGUGAAUGAACAUUUUAUUAUACAUUUGAUUGUGGUCUAGACUUUAACAAAGUGAUAAGUGGUCCUCAUUUGUUUUUGCUCGGCUAGGAUGAAACCCAGGGUCUUGUUCGUGUUUGGCAAGUUACUUCCCAUUGAGAUGUCUCCCUAAGCUAUAAAAGUAUCAUUUUUUUUUUUGAAUGAGCUUUUCGUUGUACCCAUUUAUUUUUGAUAUUUAAAGUUUAUACCAUGCUUUUUUAUUUUCUAGGCAGGGUAUUGCUGUAUAGCCUUGACUGCCUCCUCUCAAAAUUGUUCUGAUUCUCCUAUCUCUACCUCCUGAUUGCAGGGAUUACAGGCUUGCACCACCACAUCCAGAUCUAUCUAUCUAUCUAUCUAUCUAUCUAUCUAUCUUGGUUUUUAGAGACAGGGUUUCUUUUUGUAGCCCUGGUGUCUUGGAACUAGUUCUGUAGACCAUGCUAUCCUUGAACUCACAGAUAUCUGCCUGCCUCUGCUUUGCAAGUUUUGGGAUUACAGGCCUGCUCCACCUAUUGCCUGGCACAGAUCCCAUUUAUUCUUAAUGGCUGACCAGCUGUUAUUAUUUUUUACUGUGUUAUGUCUGUUUUCCUUCUGCUCAUUUACUAAUUCUAGGCCUCAGGCUAAAGCUUGGUCCCCCUUUCCAUCUGUAUAAUAUUGCCAUCCCCAAGUGCUAUUUUUUUAAAAAAAGUUUUAACUUUAAUUUUUAUUUUUUCUUUACCGUUUAUUCACGAUACACCCCAAUUGAAACCCCCUUCCUCAACUCCCCCAGCCCCAUCCCUCCUCCCUUUUUCCCUCAUCCCCUUCCCCUAGUCCAUUGAAAGGGGGCGUUCUCCACUAUUGCCAUCUGCCCAUAGCUUGUUGAGUCUCAUCAGGACUGCCUGGAUCCUCUUUUGUUAAAAAUUUCAAGUGGUUCCCAGCAGCACUAAAAUACAAGCAUUUAGCAUCCAGGGCCCCUCUCUCCCUUUUCGCUCAGGUGACACCGGGCAAGCAUAGUGGCGGGACCAUCUGGGACCGGCUGGAGAAGGGAGAAGGGAGCUAUGAAGCCAAGGGCAGAUACCUGGUCCUUGUGUUACCAGAGCCUUCACUUUUUCUCCCAAGAAAAACUUGUCAAGUGCUUCAAGAUGUCCACCUUUCGGAAGCACUUCGGGCUGACAGCCAAAGAUGAAUCGUGCAUAUUUAAAGAGCUCGAGAAGGUUCGCCAGCGGACCAGGACCAUUCGCCGGAGGAAUCUCUUGUUCAAGCAGAGGCUGGAUUUCAGGCCGCCUUUGAGCUCAAGUUCCGAGGAAGAGCCCCCGGACCGGGACGAGGAAGAGCGCCCACGCAGCAGCGGUGGGAAGAAGAGGAUGAAGGAGAAGAAGAAGGGGCGCGCGCCGUGGCCUGGGGCGCAGGGUGCGAAGCUCCCCGCCACGGCCGACCUGCAGGGGGCGCGGCGCCGGCCCGGGAAGCGGCCGCCCUUCUGCCCGCGGGAGUUCUACAUGCGCAGCUCGGCGUACCGGCGGUUCGGUCCCUUCGCGCGGCUGCCAGUCAUCGCCACGCAGGCUGGCACCGUCAGGCCCGCGCUGCUGCUCCGACACAUCACGCGCAUCAGGAGGCCGCGCAGCAAGGGCCCCGUGGCGCCGGUGUCCAAGCGCGUGUACUUCCUGAGCCCCGCGCAGGAAUCGCGGCUGCUCGACGUGGUCCGCCAGCGCUACAGGCAAGCCAGCUCCCUGUCCAGCCUGAGCAGCGAGGCCGACGAAGGAAAGUCGCGUAGGCUGCGCUUCCACACCCACUACUUGCGCCAGGCCGCAAGCUGGGCCCGGUGGCCAUCGAGGACAUCGUCCAGAUCCCCGCACGAGGGGCGCUCCACGAGCCAGAUAUUCUCACCUGGUCCGAUGACGCGAUCCUUGCCCACGAGCAUAGAGGAGAUCAUUGCCUCUCUGCAGUCGGAGGCCCAGCAGGCCGCUGACCAGACCAUCAAGGAGCUCAUAGAGAGCAUCCUGGGCCAGAACUACGAAGACAUAAUGAAAGGUAUUUCUUUGGUGGAACAAAUGCACCUCAGACCAACUCAGUCACAAAUAAAAUCACCCACGGUGGAAGAAGACAAAAGUGGUCAAACAAGUGUGAAGGAACAGUCAACCACGCAAAGCACCGAUGACAUUUCGGAGGCUGUGCAAAGCACCUUGAAGACUGAACAGGAGGAUCUUUUGGAAUGGGCAGCCAUAGAAGAUGAGAAUUUAGGACUUAAAUAUGAGGACGUCUCAGAGAUGGUGCCACAAGAAGACACUGGCCAACCCUUGGAAACUGUAAAACAAAAAAUGCGGUUAUCUAUAAGAGUGAGAUCUUCAGAAAUCUUGCAAAUCAAAGGAAGAGAAAUUAAACAAAGACGGAUAAGUAAACCGGUUUUUAAGCCACCGAAGCCAAGAAGGAGUGUAAGAGCUCAGGAGGGUAAAAAACUAAUUCGAAGAAUCCCACAGCCUCUUCCCAUUCCUCAUCUUCAUGACCUGUGCAACAAGGUUCCUAAUGUGGAGUUACCUAUGGAUCUGCGUCUGGCUUCUCGAGUGUACCACACUCCCGACAGGAGAGGUCACAAGGCCAUGCUUGGAGUACUGGAGUCAUCUCUUUUAGGUGCUUGCUCUGUAGAUGAGCAGAGAGACAGAAUACUGCAUGGCCUUCCUGUUAUGAAUGAGAGACAAAAAUAUAGCAGUGUUACUCCAGCAUCACCAGAGAAAUUCUCUGAGCCGGUGCAGACAAGUCAACAGCAAGCUCACCAAGCAAACCUGCAGCUCUCAGGAGAAGAGGUGUUUGCAUAUCCUGGAGCUUCAAAGAUGUUUUGGAAUCUUACUGCAUCCAAAUUCGCUUUUCCAGAAUCAGUGAUGAGGGAAACUUUAUAUUCAAAAUUUCAGAGUGUUCAGGGAAGCAAAAUUUUAACUGAGAAAAUUUCUGAUUCCAAGGAGAGUCUGGUUAUCUUCGACACCUACUACAGAAGAAGCUUUAGGUCUUUAAUAGAAAAAAAAGCUGCAUCAUAUGAGAAUAUCCAAAAAUAUUCCAGUGCACCAUAUACGCGAUUGAAGAGAUCAAAGUCUACAGUUGAGUUGAGAGAAGAGGCCCCUCCGCCAUUUAUAGUGAAGGAUGAUGUAAUCAGCAACCUACAACAGUUGCUGUACCAGAAGAGGAAGGAGCUGGAGCGGCACUUCAACAAGCUGAGGAGAGUAACUGAGCCCAUCAUAAAUACCGAAGAGGAAGUCGUGAAUGAGCCAGAGGACGUGAAAUACCUGACCCUCGUUGAAGCAUCAAGAAAGGCUGGCAUUAGCUACAUUGUAUACCCCAAGAGAAGGAAGAAAACGAAGAAGAAAGGAAUUAAGUUCCCGAAGCUCAACCUUGUGUAUGAACAGCUCUCCAAGCCUCCAAGGAAAAUACAAAGAUCAGCAUCUCAUGGAAUACUUCCUGGACAGAAAAAACACUUCCUUAAAGUUCCACUAUAUGAACGUCAAAUAAGGUGCCCCAGUGUACCCACGCAAUUAAAUUUUGAUAAGUUUGUUCAAAGAAAAGGAGGAAUACCAAAAAACACUAAUCCUCUGGCAUGGGUUAUUGAGACAUUUGCCAAAGACAAACCUCAGAAAGCACACGCGCCAGUUUUGCCUGUUCAAAAAGAUGUUCCAGAAAUAGUGACAGAGAUCCCGAAGCUGGAAUUAAGUGACAAUAUGAAGUGCAACCUUCCAGAAGAUCUCAUUGCGUAUUACGAAGCCGAAGUGGAGAGGUUGACUCAAGAAAUAAACAACGAGAAACAAACUCCUGUGUUUGCAUACUGUAGGCGUGGAGCUAUUUAUCGAAAACUGGGAAAGCUGCAAAGUGCUAUGAAUGACCUACAGGAAACCAUAUUUGUGGAGCCAAUGUUUCUAAAUGCUUAUUGGCACAGACAUUUCAUUUAUCUUUUCCAAGACAAAUUUAAUGAUGCUUUGGAUGACUUGAAUUUUAUACAUAAAUACAAUAAAAACCAUGCAGAGGCAUACUUGUCAAAGGCAGAGAUUUUCAAAGAGAGGAAGGACUUUACGUUGGCAAUUCUGAAUUAUAGCCAGGCCAUUAAGUGCAGGCCCACAGACGCUGACCUCUAUUUCAGGAGGGGAGAAUUGUAUGAGAAGACAAACAAAGUGCUGGCCAUGGAUGACUUCUCAAAAUGUAUUCAUCAUGAUCCCCAAAGAGCAGAUGCAUUAAUGAAACGUGCAAUGUUCUACUUUGAAAAUGAAAACUGGUCUGGAGCCACAAGUGAUUUUACAUCUCUGAUAAAACUUGAGCCCCAAAAUUCUCAAGCAAGGACAAACCGAGGGAGAGCGUAUUUUAAAAGGCAUUUUUAUAAACAGGCAACCGAGGACUUUUCUGUUGCCAUCCACUUGGAUCCCAACAAUUGGCUAGCGCUGUACUACCGAGCCUGCUUAUUUAGAAAGAGUAAUCCACUGAGAGCACUGCAGGACUACAGCGUGUCAGCUCUCAUAAAUGAUGGCUAUGAGAAUCUUAAUUGCUUUCUACAUCGGGGCAUACUUUACACACAACUAAAACAUUGGAUGCUGGCAGUUUCUGAUUUUGAAACUGUUAUUUUUCUUGAAAGAAGCGCUACUGUGGCUUACAUAAAUAUUGGCCUUGUAUACCUGCUACACCUGGAUAAUUACACCGAAGCCUUUUGGUGGUUUUCUGAGGCAAUUAGAAUUGAUCCUUUAUAUAUCCAAAGCUAUCUUUGUAGAGCAGAAACCUAUCAUAAGCUGCAUACAUUGAAAAAGGCAGUAAAUGAAUUAUCUCGUGCUAUCCACCUCCAGCCUGAUGCCAUCCAGUUAUAUAUAAUAAGAGGACAGUAUCUUCUUAUCAUGAAGUGUUUUGAUCUUGCCAAGUUCACUAUUUAUCAAGUAGCAGAAAUGAACAAAGGUCUCAUUGAGCUGACCCCAGUACAGGAAGCGCUUACUUACUCAUUUUGUGAAAACCAUGACAAGGCCAUUCAAGUCUUAGAAGCGUCCUUAGUCAAUAAACCAGAUAUCGCCACUUUCGCGCUCUUGGCAAAAGCCCAGAUGAAGGCCAAGAAAAUCAAGGAAUCUGUGAGAACAUUUAAGAAGACGUUGGACAUGUUUUCAAAUCCUGAGAUAGCAACACCACCCACCAGUGUUUUAGCAGACUGUCUGUAUAACCUGGGUCUAUGUUACAUGGAGGAAGGCAAUUUACACAUGGCUUUUGACUCUUUUACAAGAGCUGUGCAAGCAAAUGCUGAAUUGGCAGAAGCCUUUUAUUAUCGGGGAAUUUGUAAAGUAAAACUCAACAAGGAAAACCCAAUUCUAGACUUUAAUCGGGCAAUUACCUUCAAUCCUAAACAUUACCAGGCGUAUUUAAGCCGAGUAGCCUACUACGGUUUAGAGGGCAGAUACUCCAAAGCAAUCCUGAACUGCAACGAGGCCAUCAGACUUUACCCUGAGAGUGUGCGCGCCUACAUCAGCAGAGGAGUUCUGAAAUGUCACAACAAGGCUUUAAGAGAUUAUGGGAUCGUGUUGCUUCUUAACCCUGGAGAACGUAUAACAUUAAGUACCUUCGUUAACCGCGGACUCAUCUACAAUGAGCUAAAGCAGUAUGGCUUUGCAAUAGAGGAUUUUAAACAAGCUGUACUGAUAAGCCAGAAUAAUGUGAAUCUUUGUCAAGCUACCGCCAUGUGCCAUCACAGAAUUAAAGAGUUUGAAGAUGCAGUUGAUUUCUUUACCAGGGCUAUUAAAAUUAACCCACUUUUCCUGGAUGCUUAUGUUGGACGGGGGAAUUCUUACAUGGAGUAUGAAAAGCAUGAAGCCAUGAAACGAGCACAGAAGGACUUUCUGAAAGCACUGCGUUUUGACCCAUCUUCUUCAAAAGCCAGAAUUAGUUUGGGCUACAAUUUGCAGGCCCAAGGAAAAUUCCAGAAAGCUUGGAAUCACUUCACUAUUGCCUUAGAAGCUGAUCCAAAGAGUUACCUAGCCUAUGAAGGACGAGCUGUGGUUUGUCUUCAAAUGAGUAAUAAUUUUGCAGCAAUGCAAGAUAUUAACACUGCCAUAAAGAUCAAUACUACAGCAGAAUUCUUAACAAAUCGUGGUGUGAUUCAUGAGUUUAUGGGUCAUCGACACAAUGCAAUGGAAGACUAUCAGGCAGCAAUUUCUCUGGACCCCACGUACUCGCUGGCUUACUUCAAUGCCGGGAAUAUCUACUUUCACCACCGGCAGUUUUCUCAGGCAAUGGACUACUACUCAAAGGCUUUGAAGUAUAAUCCAGAAAGUGGACAUGGGCUCAUGAAUCAAGCUGUUACAAACACAAUAUUAAAGAAAUAUGAAGAAGCAGAAAAAGAUUUUUCACGUGCAAUUGAGCACUGUUCCCAUUGGGCUGCAUUGUACAUUAAUAGAGCAAGUUUCUAUUUAUGCUUACAGCAGUAUGAGCUAGCUGAAAAGGACCUUGGCAUGGCUGUGUCUUUGAAGCCUAAUGAAUCUCUAGCAUAUCAUCUCAGAGCACAAGUUCGUGGCAAAAUAGGACAGAUAGAGGAAGCUAUGAAAGAUUAUAAUCAAGCCCUCAAUCUUGAAGAAUAUUCCAAAGCUACGUGAUUACACAGACUCUUGUGGUUUUGGUAGUAGGUUAAGUAUAUUUUCUUCCUGAGACUGAAAUAUAUUUGUUGUUUAGAAAUGCCA